AUGGCAAUCUUCUGAAUUGUUAUCUUGCUAUUGGAUUUAGCUUUCAGCUUAUGUGAAACUUCUUGCAUGGACGCAUGAAAUUAUGCUUGUGUUGAUUGCUUUCAGAAAGAGCUACUUGAAAAAACUGGAGAUUCUUUCAAAUUUAUAUGCAGCUUAAUAAGAAAUUCUAAUUGUUCUACUCCUGAAUUUGCAGCAAAUCAAGUAUACCAAGGUCUUCUAAUUUCUAUAACUAAAGAGACUCAAGAAAUAUUUAUUGACUUUUCAAAUAUUGACUCAAAUAGUUUCAUUCAAACCAAAGUUGUCUCAAAAAAUUCUGCGCCAAUUGCCUUUGAGAUUUUAAACGAAAAGACCAUAAAAAUUGGUUUGAAAUUGACUAAUAAACAAGAUCAAGUGUUUUACCUAUGAAUUUUUGGAGGAUUUGAAGAAAAUUAUAAAUUUCAAGGUAUUUUAGAAAUUUCAUAUGAUGAAAAUUCAAAAGCAUUAGAAGAAGAUAUUUCAUAUGAGCAAUUCCCAACUCCCAAUAGUGAUGAGUGUAAAAAUUGCAAACCAGCCUGCCCUUCUUUCUUUUGGGAUACGAAUUCUUGCAAACUUCUUCAAGAGAAUAAAAGACUUUUAACGCCAUCCUGCUCUAUUGGCUGCACAUCAUGCGAUUCAAACACUUAUUUAAUCCAAACAGUAUGUUUAGAUUUUUGUCCAACCGGCUUCACAAUUUCUUCUAAUGCCUGUGUAUCAUCAUCACAAUCGUCAUUAAUCUUUGAUGCUUCUUUUACUAAAAUUGAAGGCACAGUCACCGACUCUGUUAGCAGCCUUCAAAUUUUGACUGGGACUUCUUCAGGUUUUUAUCUAAAUUCCGAUUCAAAUGACCCAUAUCCAGCCAAAGACAGAGGCUACUGGUUUGAUGGAAGUUCUUCGUAUAUGACUUUUGUCGACCAAAACCAAGGUUUAACCUCAAGCUCACCAUUAACCGCAGCAGAUAACUCUAAACAGCUAGCAUUUUCUCCACAGUUUGCUUUAGGAAUGUGAAUAAACCCAACAUUGAUUUCAGGAGCCUUAAUUUCUAAGCUAGACGACAACUCUGGGAACAGAUACAUUGAUUUAGGCUUUUCAUCUGGCGCUUUAAAAAUCCAGAUUUACCUCAAAAAUUUUGGGCCAUCUACUUACAUGUGCUAUAUUUGCUUUCUUACAACACAGACUUGAAAUUACAUAGGAUUCAGUUUAGAGGUUUCAUCUGGAUCUAGCGCUAUUAAUUUGUAUAUCAAUGGCGAAAAUAAAUACAAUAAUGACUUGGGAAGUUAUUUCUAUCAAGAUUUAGUUUUAGCAUCUCACUUUUCAAUUGGAGUAAAGCUUGAUUCAUCAGGAACUCCUGACUCUUCCACUUAUUUCCAAGGCUUUAUUUAUGAGAUUAAAGCUUGGAAAACCAAUUAUGAUUUAAAUAGUGAGGUUUCAAACUCAUGCUCGGGCUGUUAUUGUCCUUCAUCUACCAAUCAAUGUAUAGUAAACUGCCCAAUUACUCAAUACUAUGAUGGGUCAGCCUGCACUAAUUGUGAUGCGUCAUUAACUCAUGGUUGUGUUAGAUCUGAAUCUGUAUAUAAUUUGUGUGAUAGCGAAUUAUGCUUAGAUUGCACUGGUUUUACGAGUGAUGCCUGCACUCAAUGCAUUUCAAGUGCUCAAUCAAUCUCAGCUUAUAAUCCAUGCAGAUGUGCUAGUGGGAAAGGAUAUUCAAGUACUACAAAUGACUGCCAAGCAUGCAACUCUAUAUGCUCUGAGUGCUCAACUACUGAUAUUGCAGGCUGUACCUCUUGCCUUGCAGACACUUCUAAUCCUAGCAGUUAUUAUUACAUGGCCCAGAGUGUUUGCAUACACUCAUGCCCUACUGGUUUUUCUCAAAUUGGCUCUACCAAUGCCUGUAGCACUACAAAUAAAUUGAUUUUCGAUGCUCUUUUUACCAAAAUUCAAGGGACUGUAGUAGAUUCUGUAAGUGGACUUAAAAUUUUGGCUGGCUCGACGUCUCAGUUUUAUCCAGAACUUGAAUCUGAUGACCCAAUUCCUGUCAGAUAUAGAGGGUAUUAUUUUGAUGGGACUGCUUCAAAAAUGUCAUUUGUUACGCCUGUUGGUCAGAACAGUGGAGAUACUUAUGCAGAUGUUGAUAAUAGCAAGCAGCUCACCUUUAGUCCUCAGUUUUCGAUAGGAAUGUGGAUAAACCCAAAGUCCCUCUCAUCUUCUUCCACAACUCCUCUUCUACAUAAAGCUGAUGCUAAUGGAAUAGUUUAUUUAUAUGCAAAUAUUAAUGGCUAUAAUCCUAAAAUUGUGCUUUGAAUCCAAGGGCAGAACUCAUUUACUCAUUCUUGCGAUUAUUCUAUACUUAUGCAGACUAGUUAUAAUAAUAAAUAAAUAUUCAAAUAGGGAAUGCAAUUCAUAUGUAGAGACUGUAUAAGAACAGGGCAAUGAAAUUAUUAUGGAUUCGCUGUAGGGUUUUCCAAUAAGCAUAGUAGCAUUAUCUGCUAUAUAAAUGGGCAAGCUGACUCUGCACCAGAAGAUAUAGGUGUUGGCUUUUUCGGAGACGUAGUCCUAGACUAUUACUUUUAUCUUGGCUAUGAUGGAAGCUCAGCAUAUUUUAAUGGACUUGUCUACGGAUUAAAGGCGUGGAAUUACUUUCUAUUAAUUUUUAUUUAAAUCACAGUGCCUCAAGAGUUUAAAAGCCUUAUGAGCCCAACUAGUGAUGUCAACGAUUCAGAUGGAAAAAUAGCUUUAAGUAAAUUGCCCCAUGCCUAGCAAAUGGCGCUACAGCCGAACCAGCCAACUAGAGCGGCACCUUGUCAAUCAACUUCUGCACAAGUUCCACCUAAGAGUCACCUUCCUUUGGAUACGCUGAGCGAAAAACAUCGACCUCCUCAUUUAACUUGGAGCAGUCUCUAACCCUAUGCGACUAGUAUUAAACUGCUUUUACUAUGUAGAAAUUAUUUGAAAAAAAAACCAAACCCAUAAAUAAAAUUGCUUAAAUAUCAUUGUUUUACUAAAAUGCCUAAUCAAUCUGAUACUGUAUACGGCUAGCGCGCUGGACUAUAUUUUUUUUAAUCGGUAUAAUAAAUUUCUAUACCCUAGCAGAAUGCCGACUAGAAAAAUAUGAUCCAAUGCACUUGCAUUAAAUAUUAUAAGUCUGAAUAAGCUCAUCAAAAUCAUAAGGGAGAAUUGCCAUUUUCGUUUUGUAAUUUUCAAAAAAAUUGGCAAGUAUACUUCUCAUAAAACCUCUUAGUUCCCCUGUUCAUUCGAGAGGACAUUUUUACGUCCUACUUAGGCAUUUCCUUAACUGCUCAAGGAACUCAGGCUUGUGCAAUGCAAUAUUCAACUGUCUAAAGCCCAUUAGAGGUGGUAUAUUUACCAAAUCCUCGAUGAAUCUCUCUCUUGCCUCUCUCUAUAUAUUGCACUAACCUCUAUUAGGUGGGCGUCAUUAUUGACUGCUCCAAGGUAGAGCAGUCAUGAUUGUCUGUCAGUCUUCGCAUAUAGAUGCUGGCAGUACUCAUGUUAAAGCCAGCUCUCUAUCUGUGUAUAGCUCUGAUUAUGUGCGAAUAUAAUCUCCGGCCGAUUGCCGUUUAUUUAUAUAGUAUGAAAUUACAAAUUAGAUUUAACAACUGAAGUUUCAACAAUCUCUCAAGGAAUGUCAGGAAAUCAGUAUUGCAUUAAAUCCACAAACUAUUGCAUUUCGAAUGUUAUAUGAUUUGAUUAUAUUGAUUCAAAUGGUAAUGAAUAUCCAUGUCCAAGCCAAUGCUUUACCUCAACAACUUACACUGGAUGUGUUAGAGGCACUGACUGCAAUUUGUGUGACGAUCCUUUAUGCUACUAUUGCAGUGAUUAUGUUGCUGGCACUUGUAGUGGCUGUAUAACUAAUGCUGGAAUAGGCAGUUCCGGGACCUGUGAAUGUAAUGAUGGGUCUUAUUAUGAAAAUUCAUCUUCAUCGUGCAAAUCUUGUUUUAGCUAUUGCUCGAAGUGCAGCACUUCUUAUAAUGGAGAUUGCUCUGCUUGUGGAUUUGGAUAUUAUAUGAAUCCUGAAACUGGGUUAUGCCUAGACACAUGCCCUAUAGGGUAUAGCGAAUCUGCAUCGGCAUGUGUAAAGCAAAAUGCAAAAGAUUUGCAGAUCCAUUAUGUGUUUAAUAAGCUGACUAAUGAAAUACUUGACUUAGUGUAUGGCUAUAAAGCUUUUAUGGGUUCUACGACGGGUUUAUGGGAUACUGACGCUAAUAACCCAGUUACCGUCUAUUAAUAAAGUGAAUUUUUUUAUAGCCUUUUUCACAUGCCGAUUUUUUAUCUACUCAUAUAGUCUUCUUUUCAAAUAUUUUGCAUACAAAGAAAAUUUGCAUUUAAAUCGCUUAUAAAAAUUAUGUUGUGCAUUAUAUCAGCUAGGCCUUUAUUUCUCAGGGAGUCAAUAUGUGUCUUUACCUCCUAAUUCAGCUGAUUCAAGAAAGAUUAUUAUUGGCAACACUCAGACUAUUCUAGCAUGGGUAAGGCCUAUAUCCAACUCAUAUAUUUUUUCUAAAGAAUAUAGAGGAGUACUAUUUUCUUUAAGCCUCAAUUCUAACUCUUAUAUCUUUGUAAGCUAUGAAGUAUAUGACGAUACUACUAAUUCUGCAAAUGCAUUGACAUUGCAAAGUUCAGUUCAAGUGAACUCUGGACAAUGAUAUAAUAUCGGCCUGCAAGUCCAAAGAGCUAGUUAUGACAUUGAGAUUUCACUCUAUAUUGAUGGAAAUCUUGAUAAUCAGCAAUCCUAUUCCCAUUGCUUUGUUCGAGAUACCUCAUCUACUUUUACAAUUGGGGCAUCUCUAACGGCUAGUGACUAUUUUACAGGAUUUAUAUAUGAAUUUAUGAUAUACAGCUCUUUAAUUUCUAUCUCUCAGCCUUCUACAUCAUGUGGAUGUUCUGCAUGCCCAAGUGAUGGAACCUGCUUAUCUUCGUGCUCACAAUUGCAAUUUUACUCGUCAGGAAGCUGCAUUAAUUGCGAUGCAGCCUGCACCUAUGGAUGUGUCAGAAAUGGAAACUGCAGACUUAAUUUAUACUAAUUCCAUAUGAAUACCUACUAAAGCGAAUUAAAAAACUCAUUCUUAAUAAAAGUCUUAAUUAAAAAGCCUUGCACAUCGAAGCUUGUAUUUUUAUCUAUAUUUUUGUUUUCUAUUUGCCUGGCCCAUAAAAAGAUUAAUCACAACUUCGCGUCUACCAAAACUUCUUAGUACGCUAUUCAUAAGGAAUUAGUAUAGAUGAAUUAUGCUCAACUGCAACUGGAUUUCAAGCAAGCGAAUGCUCAAGUUGUGUUGAUUUAGCUUCAUCAGCAAAUAAUAAAUGCACUUGCAAAGAACAUUCUCAGUAUAACCAAGCAGAUGGCCAAUGUGUAUGUGUAAGUGAAUAUUUUGAAGCUGAUAAUCAGUGCUACCCCUGCAUAUAUAACUUCCAGCAGGGAGAUGUGAACUCUUAUUUUUCUGAAAAUUAUUUAUCAAUUAUUUAUGAGAUGAAAUACUCAGUUUCUUAUUCAGUCUCAAACACAUGUGAUUCCUUAUUUGAUGCUAUUUCAAUAAGAAAUUUAGGUAAAAAUCCAAUAUGCAAUUGGAGCUCUGAUAUGAAAACUCUGACUUUAGCCCUUGGAGUUAACUCUACGGUUCUUCCAGCUAGCAGCGUAACGUUUAAAGGCGGAGCGCUACAUACCGACUGGGAUAUAUGUGGAUUUCCGCCUUACGCAUUAUCAGUAUCGAUUGCUUCAAAAUAUCCAAUGCCUAUAAUAAAGCCGACAGCCAAGCUAAGUCUCCCAUAUCAGCUAUAUAUUCAAUGUGAUGAUCUUCUUAUAGAUGGCUCUUUAUCAACAGGCAGCUAUUACCGACCAUUUACCUACAGUUGGUCUUUUUCCUCAUCUCCUUCAAUUUCAUCUUUAAACGAAAAAACUUCCUAUACCACUUCUACAAGCUCUAUUACAGUAAGUCGCUAUUCCUUAUCAGCUUCAAAAGUGACCAUUAAUCUUACAAUUACCAAUUGGCUCGGAUAUUCUUCAUCAGUAUCAAAAAAAGUAAAAUUAAUUGACGAUAUAGGUCUUUUAGUUAUGUAUGACCAAUAUAUAAGCACCACAUUAACGACGAGUGAAAGCAAAUCAAUUACGAUACAAGCAGGUGGAAAUUGUUAUAAUAAUGAUACUUUAUAUUAUUCGUGAAAAAUUGAAGAGAUGGUUGGAGAUUAUGUAAGAGUAAAUGAAAAUAAGCUUUGGGGGGCACAAACAUUACCGACAAUUUUAUAUAUUCCAAGCUCAAUCUUUAGUAUAGGGACUUAUACGUUUGGAGUAGAAAUAAAUAACAGUAAAAAGACGUUGCCAGGGGCUACACAGAUUGUAUUGGAUUUUUCGCCAUCAGAUUUAAUAGUUUCUGUCACAAAUACCCAAAUAGCCCUUUAUUAUACAAACAGCUUAUCAAUCCCAGUAUCUGUUACAGACCCAGAUCAGAUUCCUGGUGACUAUUCCUUUAUAUGAUCCUGCACCGUAAAUGGUAACAAUGUUUCCAAUAUUAUUCCCGAAAGAUAUUCACAAAUUCUUUAUGUCCCAGAAAACACGUUCCACGUAAGCUCAGCAUAUAUUUUUUCCGUUUCUGUAUCAAAAUUAUCAAGAACUUCUACCCAGACGAUUUAUGUUUAUACGAAAACUAGAGAAUUUCCUACUGUAAGCUUUUCUGAUAUUCCUCAAUAUGUAAAUACAAAGAAAUCUUUUGUGCUGUGAGCACUACCUGAAAUUUCUGAAAGCUAUAUAAGCUAUUGGACAAUAAAAAGUGGGUAUACAUAUAUACUAACCGGGGACCGAAAUUCGAAUUCUAUAGGAUUUAAGGCAGGAUCAUUAAUGCCUGGGGCAACUUAUUUGUUAACAUACACUUUGUCAUGCUCAACGGGGCUUUAUGAGUAUCCUUUAUCAUUUGCGACUGAUAAUCCACCCACAGGUGGAUAUGUAUCAGUAAGCCCAAGCUAUGGUACUGAGUUCAGCACUAUUUUUUAUUUAUCAGCAGAAAAUUGAUAUGCUCCUUACUCUUCCUCAAUAACUUAUCAUUUUGGAUAUAUUUUAAAUGGGCAAGAAGUUUCAUUGAAUUUCAGAAAUGAAUCAUCCUAUUUAUAUAUACCUUUGUAAUUAAAAUUAUAAUUUUUACAUCUAUUCCUUUUCCAUAUUUUAUUAUUAAUUUUACCUAUAAAUUCAAUUCAAAAGAAUAUACUUUUCUUCCAAGUGCAAAAAGCUUAGAAAUUUUCGUAAAAGUCUAUGAUAGCUACGGUAGCUAUGGAACUUCUAGUACAUUUAUAACCAUUGACUCAUACCCAUCAUUAUAUACAACUGAUUUAUUAAGCAUUCUUCAAUCCUCAUACAAUGAGUCGAAUCCUAAACUAUUUUCUAAGUUGAACUAUGUGAAUAAUAUAAAUAACUAUUUAAUCCCCAAUCCUAACAGAAAUUCUACAACAGUUCAAGACGCAAUUGGGACAAACCUAAAAUUAAUAAGCCAAAUUAUAGAAGUUUCUUAUGUUUGGCGCUGUAAGGCCGAUAAAUUCUGAUCGGAAUUUAUCGGUUGGUUGCACCAAAUCAAUGCCUUGGUCGGACCAAAAAGCGAUUUGGUCCGACGAACUUGGAAAGCUCCUGGGAAAAUGUCUGCGCUUUCAGCGCUAUAUAGAGGUUUCCUCUAUAUAUCAGAAGUCCCUGAAAUGGACAAUCAAAAUCUCGAAACUAUAAUCCAAUCGCUAGAAGCCACCACAAGGCCAAAUAGCACUCUAAUAAACGAUGAAAACCGAGAUAACGUUUUUGCUUUGGCAACAAAUAUUUUAAACACCGCUAAAAGUAAUAAUAUUUCUAUUAGCAGUGGAAGUGCAGGAUCUUUGAUUAAUGCAAUCGGCCAAGCUUCACAUAUGGCAGAGACCACCGCAUCAAGCAAACCUUCAUUAUUAUCCCAAACAAAUCAAGCAGUAAUCGACAUUAUAACUUCAUAUAGUUCAUCAAUGGCAAUUGGAGAAACUGCUACAAAUGAUGCUCAGUUUAUUCAUGCAACAUCAAAAUUGGUAUCAGCAAGCUCUCUGUCUUCAGGCUAUAAAUCUCCUUCAAAUUCCUCUUAUAUAGGAAAUGUUUCUUUACCAGCGAAUUCAAGUAUUUCUCUUUCUAGCAACUCUGUCUCGAUUUUGUAUAUUUUUAUCAUAUAUGACCAUACCAAAUCUGAUGACUCUACUUAUAACCGAGGUGUUGAAUUUAAAAUGAUAGCACAUUCUAAUGCUGGAAAUUUUACAAUAAAUGUGAAUAUUGCUCCUAAUUAUAUUGAUUUAUAUAUCCCUUAUUAUAUUAAUACUCUGACCACAAAGCCUGUACAAUGCGUUUUUUAUGACAAUACUUCAUGGUCUGAUAAUGGCUGUGUUUUUGUUUCUUAUGAUAAUUUUACCGUUCAUUGCCAAUGCACACAUACUUCACUAUUUUCUGCAGGUGUAGACUUACUCCCCCCCCCCCCCCCCCCGUGAGCGAACAAAAAAAUUUUGUUCACUCACGGAGGGGGGUUUAAUUUUUUUUUUUAAAAAAAAUUUAUAUAUAAAUUUUAUAAAAAAUAUUUUUUUUCGAAAUUUAAAAAAAUCCUAAUUUGCAAAAAUUGGGAAGCAAAUAUUAAUUUAAUUUGCAAAAUUUAUGUUUUAAAACGCAAUUUGUUUAAAAUUAAACAGAAUUAGCUCUAGAUUUCAUUAUACUAAAUUAUCACUUAUAUAUCAAAAUUUUUUUUCCAUUAAAAUUUUUUCUAUUAAAAAAAAAUUUUUGUUCACUCACGGAGGGUGGGUUUUUGGUCAAAAAAAUGGCGAUUUUUCUAAUGGUUUUGUUCGCUCACGGAGGGGGGGGGGGGAGUUAGUUCCAUAUCAUUCGUCUUCUUCACAUGGCUCUACACAGAGUGCGAAUAUGAGAAUGUAUAUUGUCUUUUAUUAUGUGUGUGGGUUGUUUAUUUUAUAUAUUACUCCCUUCUUGAAAUUGGAAUAAUUAUAGUUCAAAUUUUUUUUAGUAAAUAAACCCACCGUUUAAAUUUUAUUUAUAGAUAAAAUUGAGAUCCAUUUUAAUAAUCCCAAAACUUAAAGGGAAGUGCAAUAGAGUAUUAUUAUAAACAAAGUUAGCAAUUUAAAUUGAUAUUUUUAUAAAUUAAUUUUUUAUUACUUUAAAUUGGAACAGAUUUUUUUGUUCUAAUACAUAGGGAGAGUUACUAUUAUCACUAUAUCAAGGAUUAUUGAUAAUAAAGAAUGAAAAAUCUUUACAAAUAUCGUGUCAAGCAAAGUCAAAUUUAUGAGUACCACAUCCAUUGCUCCAGAGAAUAUGGAUUUUACAUUUGUCAAGGUAAAUUAUGACGAGAUUCCACCAUCUAUGCCUAUUGUAGAAGAAAAAAAUAAUAAUCAAGAUAAACAAGAAGUAUCUAAAGAGUCAGAAGCAAGUGUAAAAAGCCACAGACUAUUUGUUACUAGAGAAUCAGUUGACAAAGGCUUAGAGCAUCCUAUUCCACUGUAUCCUCCACUUGACGAGCUGCUUGAAAAUCGAGAAAUAAUUAAUGAUCUUGACACAGGAAAUCUAAAAGAAGAAAUUCCGCAAAAACAUAUAAAUACAAGUAUGAGCGAAACAUGCAUAAAAUUAGUCACCCAAGAAACCGAAAGAUAUAGGAAUACACAAGAAGACGCUGACAUAGAAAACGGUGCUCUAAAUCCAUGGAAAUAUCACUUUUAUAUAUCCCCAUUUUUUAUUUACCUUGUAAAUCUUUCAAGAUCUGCAAGAUUUUCUGUUGUUUUUUUCAAUAUGAUGCUGCAAGCUUUUAUUUUGGGAAUUUUUAUAGAUUUCUAUGGGGAUGGGGUGAGUUCAACUGGGAAUUAUGAAUUUGCCAGUAUUAAAGUGGGGGAUACCCAAAUAGUUUUUGCUUGUGCAGCACCUGUAGGAUGCAAUAUUUUAGCUACUUGUAUAGGAUGAAUUUUUCAAAGCGGAAGAAUAAGGCCUGCUGCUGAUUUAGUAAAAACGACUAGAAAAGAAGAAUUGAUGAUUUUUAUAGCAUAUACGAUUUGUAUUGCGGCAAUUGCACUGAAUGUUGUAGCUUGCUAUUUAAUUUCAGAUGAUAUUGAUGACAGUUCAUCGAUGGUAUGGAUGGCUAUGGUGCUUAUUUCAUUGGGAUUUGAUAUCAUUAUUAUUCAAGGCUUAAAGGUACUAGUGGCUGUCAUAAUAAAAGUUAUUAGCAAGACAAUAAUUUAA